AUGCAAUGCAAACAGGGGCACUUUGACUAUGUAUAUUUCAAACUGUAUGGCGAAGCCGGCGAGGUGCUUCGGGGGGGCGCCCUUGGUAUCAUCGAUAGAGUCGUCGGAGUCAGUGGGAGAGAGAGGAGCGUCGAGAGGCUUCUUCCUAGCAAAGGUCUUGUGGAGAGAGAUGGAGCGGCGGAGAAGGGUAUUAGGGGGGAGAGAGCCGCGGGGGGCGAUGGAGUUUGUGGCAAAGGUCUUGAGGUCGAUGCUUGGGCGGUAGACGCAGAAGAAGCCAGCUCUGAUGUCACGGUAGGAAAUGUUGAGGCGGGAAAGGACGCGGACGAGCCCGUUCUUUAUCUCGUAAGGGGGCCUGGAGGAGGUGGUGGAGACGCUGAAGAUGCCCUUGAGGAAGCCGGAUUUGACGAUAAUCUCACUGGAGGAGCUGUAAGGCAGGCCGGGAGUGGGAGAGCAUGGCUGGGGAGGUGGACAGGAAUGAGGAGUGUGGUGUGGGACGAGGACGGAAGACUGGCGGCGGAACCUUCUUUCCUUGCGCAGGACCUCGCCCUUGGCGUUUCCGAGAGACUUUGUGCGGUUGCGCCGGAAGCCGAAGGAGCCGGUGCCUGA